AUGUCGUUAAAACAGGAGAUAGAAACCUGGGUUCAAGCUCUCGCGAACUACGACAAUAAUGAGUUUGAAGAGGCUCUAAAAGUCUUCAAUAAUAUCGCCGAUACAUCCAAAAUCCUCUUCAACUGUGGGGUCAUCUACGCAACUCUAGGAGAACAUUUUAGAGCGGUGGAAUGCUAUCAACGGGCUGUUGCACUCGACCAGUAUUUUGCCGUUGCUUAUUUCCAACAAGGUGUCUCCAACUUCCUCGUGGGCGAUUUCGAAGAAGCCCUCGCCAAUUUCAACGAUACCCUACUCUACCUGAGAGGAAAUACGUCGAUUGAUUAUGAGCAGCUGGGACUGAAAUUUCAAUUGUACUCCUGUGAAGUUCUUUUUAAUCGGGGCCUAUGUUACGUCUAUCUCCAGCAAACAGAGGCUGGCAUGCAGGACCUUCAAUAUGCUUCAAAAGAAAAGGUUAAACCGGACCACGAAGUCAUUGACGAAGCUAUCAAGGAGAACGCAGAGGGUUAUACCGUAUUCUCUAUUCCAGUCGGAGUCGUAUACCGACCAAGUGAAGCAAAGGUCAAGAAUUUAAAAACUAAAGAAUACCUCGGGAAAGCACGGCUAGUGGCUGCUUCUGACCGUGCGAAUGCCUUCACUGGCUUCCAAGGGUCUGAGAUCAAAAGAACUGUGCUCGACACAGCGAAGGACGACCGACCUCCUGAAUCAAUUUCAUUCGCUGCUUCGAAUCUAGUACAGAAGGGCCUGACCAGCCGUGGAGGGAGACAGCAAUCAGAACCACCCCUCAGCCGAAAUUUGUUCCCACCCACACCGCCUCCCGAGUCAGAGAAACCACCCUCCGUUGCUGGCAGUGGCUCUCCUAGCAAUUCUUCUGGUCUGUCAGGACGCGGCCCUCGGCCACCGAUGCUCGACUUGGGUCGAACAGCUGUGCCGACGAAUGACUCUAGUGCGACGGGAGUUCCUAGACAGGCAGAUAAACCGCGAAUAGGAACCGUCCGCACAGCGUCAGAGCCGCGCGGUCCUCCCACCAGACAAUAUUCCAACGCGCGGAGCCGCGACCAAAAUGGCCGACCGCUGUACCGAGAAACAACCAGACGAAUGCAGCAGGACUCUAAUUUUUCACCUGUGGACGAAGAUGGGUACGCUGAUGAAGUUUUCGACAUGUACUCUCAACCCCGUAACGGCCGACCGGCAGGAGCUACUAGAGGGCCAAGUGUCAGGCGGCAACGACAACAAGCGCAACCAGCCCGAUAUUCGGAGGAUGGCGACUACGUUAGUGACACUUACGAAGACGAUUCAGCAGACGAAGGCGAAUUCGAAAUGAUGGCUGCGCCUCCGCCACGUUCACACCGGCGGCAACCCUCACGGCGGGCAGAUGUGCGCAAGAUCAGGGCCAAGGUGCAUGCGAGCAGUGAUGUGCGAUUUAUCAUGAUUGGCGGAUCAGUUGGAUAUAACGAAUUUGAAGCUAAGAUUCGGGACAAGUUUGGGUUUAAACAGCGGGUGCGGAUGCAGAUGCAGGAUGAUGGGGAUAUGGUUACGAUGGGUGACCAGGAUGAUCUCGAUAUGCUGCUUACAGCGGCAAAACAGGAAGCGAGGAAAGAUGGGCUUGAUAUGGGAAAGAUCGAGAUUUGGGUACAAGAAGAGUGA